GCGCGUCCUGCCUAUAUACACAUCGAUCUUAAGUCACGAAAUAAAAAAAGGUGGAAUCUUAGGCAUGAAUACAUUCUAUAUAGUACUGCACCUUUCUGAUUAGGAUAGUAUAAAGUUAGAUUCAUGGCCGUUUCGUGCAUGAUGCCCAUCCACUUUGUGUGUAUAUAUAGAUGCACACAUAUAUAUAUAAUUAUAUACAAAAACGUAGUUGCAAGAUCGAUGCAUUAAUUUGAGUUAUUAAUUAAACUAGAUAUAUUAAUUGGCAGUAACACAAAUAAGGGGCGGCGGGCGGCGGCAGCAUAGCUAUCCAUGGCGGAGAAUAAUCUGCAGAUUGUUCCGGCAGAGACAUCAUCUAGCAGAAGGAAAGUGGAAGCGCAGUAUGUAGAAAUGAUGGUUCCUCUCUAUUCUCACGGAUGCGUGAGGAAGGUCAAGAACGCCUUAUCCCACAUUAGAGGAAUAUACUCGGUGAAUGUGGAAUUUAAAGAGCAGAAGGUUACAGUGUGGGGGAUAUGCAACAAAUAUGAUGUUUUGUCAACAAUUAGGAAAAAGAGGAAAGAUGCUCGCUUUUGGAAUCCUCAAGACAACGACGACGACGUCGUUGAACCAGAAGGAGGCGGGGAAGAACAAGUGUUAUCCCAGCCAUUGACGACCAAACUAUCGUCAUCCUUUCUAAAACGUCGUCGUUCGGCUCAACCUCUGGCUCUGCUUAGGACUCGCUCACUAUUGAGCUGGAAAUUGUCUCUUAAAAAGGCAUUUUCCAGGACUCUCUCAUUUUAAAAUUAUCAUGAAAGCGAGUUGUUUAAUACAAGUAAUGUACAUUUAAAUGAGUUGGGUUUGUUUGUAAUUAAGAAAUGAUGUAUAUUUGGACUAAGAUGCAUUUAUUUAGUAUUACAUAUAUAUACACGUAGUACGGAGUAAUAUAUUACUCCGUAUAAUUGAAGCAAAUUGUUC